AUGGCCGAGGACGGGGCUCUGGGUGACCAACGCCGGGCCGCGGACGUGGUCAAGGCGCUGGGCCGGCACCUGGGCGGCCUGCAGGAGCCCGGCCGGGAUGCGCGGCUGCGGGCUCUGCGGGCCAUCCGGGCCGAGGUGCAGGAGCGGCCGCUCUCGGCCCUGGUGCUGCAGGAGGUCUUCGCCAAGCAGCUGCUGCGGCCGCUGGUGCGGUGCCUGGUGGGGGAUCCGGCCGAACGCUGCCGGGAGCUGGCCGUCCAGCUCACCUGCCACGGCCUGAGCCACGGCGCCCGGCCCGCUGAGGCCCUGCCCUGCUUGCUGCCGGCCCUGGCCCAGCGCCUCUGCUCCCCGCAGGGGCAAUCGCACGAGCCCUGCGAGGAGCUGCGCCUGGCCCUGAUCCAGCUCCUGAGCCUCCUGCUGGAGCUCUGCGAGGCCGACCUGCCCCCCUACCUGCCCGAGAUCAUCCGCAUCCUGCAGGCCACCCUCCUCGAUCCCUACCCCGAGGUCAAGCGUGAAAGCUGCAGGUGUGCGGCCGCCAGCGCCAGGGCUAUGCCAGAACACUUUCAUAUGCAGUCAGAAUUUUUGAUAAAACCCUUAAUGCAAACAGUUUCACACCAGCACUUCCGAGUCCGUGUUGCUGUGAUUCAGGCCACAGGAACGGUGAUACAGUUUGGCAACGGAAGGUCUGUAGAUGAUGUUCUCUCUCAUCUGGCCCAGCGACUUUUUGAUGAGAUUCCUCAGGUUCGGCAAGCAGUUACAAGUGUUGUUGGAGAAUGGCUAUUGCACCUGCGGGAUAGAUAUUCUUACUUUCACAAGUUGAUUCCUUUAUUACUCAGCAGCUUUACUGAUGAAAUGCCUGAGAACAAGCAACUGGCUGUGAGUUAUUGGAAGAGGAUAGGCUUGCAGUGGGAAAAAGAGAAUGAAGAAGACCUUAAGGAUAAGCUUGACUUUUAUUCAGCACCAUCUCAUUAUCCUGAAGGAGUGGUUCGACCAGAAUUGGGAUGUCGGGAGCUUGUUACAAGAAACCUCUCCAAAAUUCUUCCCGGUCUCUGUCAUGAUGUAACAGACUGGGUUGAAGGCACCAGAAUAAAAGCAUCUCAGCUUCUGUUUAUAUUGUUGCUACAUGCAGAGGAUCACAUUACACAGCACAUGGAACUACUGCUUACAACUUUGUACCGAGUAUGCUUAGGUGAAGAGAAUAAUGUGGUUAGAAAUUGUGUGAAAGCAGCAGAGUUAAUUGGAACAUUUGUUAGCCCUAAGGUAUCUCUGAAGUUACUGGUGUCAGCCCUUGAAAAAACACCUAUGCCUUCUUAUCUCAUGAUUCUAGCUGCAGUGAUACGAGGUUGCCCAAGACAAGUCUUAAAGCCUCAUUUGUCUUAUCUUGCCAACACACUCUCACAACCUGAGAUCUGUCAGCGAUCUGAAGAGAUCUUUUAUAUGGAACAAUUGCUUUGUUGCGUACAAGCGAUAACUGAAGUGUGCCAAGAAGACUGCAAAGAAAUUAGCCUGCAGCUAAUGAAAGUUUUGGUGACAAUAAUGGCAAUACCACGCACCGAACGUCUUCAUGAAAAGGUAGAGAAAUCAAUGUGUUCAUUAGCUCAGGUGCAGCAUUUGAGUGGUUUUCAUGAUCUCUAUAAACAACAUAUAGAUCAGCUUAUGGAAUGGUUAUCUGUAUCGCAUGAUCGUUGGAACUGCUAUUCUCCAGAAGUAUUACAGUUAGAUGUCAUUGCCACUCAUUCAGGUCCUAUAAUAGGUGAAGCCCUUCAAGAUUUCAUUCUCAUCCUUAAGACGUGUCUUCAGCCAACCAAAGACCCACUAAUGCGCUUAAAGCUUUUCACUAUUUUAGCACAGUUGCUCCAGAAAGCAAAUGAGACCAUCAACUCUCAGGGGCAGUUUCUUAGCUACCUUGAGAUCGUGAUAAAAGACAUAUUGGCUCCUAAUCUGCAGUGGUAUGCUGGAAGAACAGCAGCUGCCAUCCGCACUACAGCUGUAUCAUGCCUUUGGGCUCUUAUUGACAGUGAAAUGCUUUCAUCAAAAGAGAUUUUUAAACUAGAAGAUGCACUGAUGCCUCAGGUAAUCGCCACAUUGGAUGAAGAUUCUAAAAUGACUCGAUUAAUGGCUUGUCGCAUUGUCAGUGUUAUUUUAAAUAUCUGUGGGAAGCAGUUUGAUCUAGAUAAACUCAACAACAUUUAUCCUGAACUCUUAAAGCGGCUGGAUGAUGCUGCACAUGAUGUACGACUGGCAGCUGCUCAAGCCUUAACUAACUGGUUUAAAUGUAUAAGAAAUGAUGAUGAAAAAACUGUACUUAAAAGUAAUAUUGAGUUUCUUUACCGAGAACUGUUGAUUCAUCUGGAUGACCCUGACCAAAACAUCCAACAGGCAGUCUUAGAAGUUUUAAAAGAAGGAAGUGUUUUAUAUCCAGAAUUACUGGUGAAAGAAAUAGAAGCAGUUGAACAUAAGCAUCGAACUCCAGCGUACUGUAAUCAGCUACUACAGCACAUUCAGUCAACCGGGGAGUAG